AUGAAGAUGGAUGACGUUUUAUGGGCGUAUCGCACAGCAUAUAAAACCCUCAUCGGAGCUUCUCCUUACAGGUUAGUCUGUGGAAAGGCAUGUCAUUUUCCGGUUGAGCUAGAGCACAAAGCAUAUUGGGCAAUAAAAAAGCUCAAUCUUGAUAUGAGCUUGGCCGGAGAGAAGAGGUUGUUGCAGCUGCACGAGCUUGAUGAAUUCAGAUUGGGGGUGUAUAAGAAUGAAAAGUUGUACAAGGAGAAAACAAAGCGAUGGCAUGACAAGCAUAUACAACAUCGUGAAUUCUCCCCAGGGCAGCAGGUACUACUCUUCAACUCUAGGCUGCGGUUGUUUCCGGGAAAGCUUAAGUCACGAUGGUCUGGCCCGUUUGUGGUGUCGAAAAUUACACCCCAUGGGGCCGUCGAAAUACAAACUACGGAUAGGGUGCGCAAGUUCUUGGUCAAUGGACAGCGCCUCAAGCGAUAUUGGGGCGGAAAUUUUGACAAGGAAAAGGAGCAAGUGCUCCUCGAUGACGAGUAG